GAUCCACAGUUCAGCAGGGGAAGACCAGAGCACGAGAGAGAGGGAGAGAGAGAGCACGAGAGAGAGAGAGAAAGAGAGAGAGAGUCCCAUCUGGCAGGAGAGAACGUCGGACGCGCUCAGAAACCUCCAUGGCUCUGGCGUAGCUCGCGCCGUUUGAAGGCAUGCAAGAAAGAGGACGCAACUCCUAAAUAUCAGGCGUGAUGGCAUCUUACCACAGCUUAGAAGAUGAGGCCAUGACUUUGAUGGCGCACGACAACGAGCCGGUGAAGACCGAGAGCUUCACCAAAGACGAGCAGACGGUGGCGCAGGACGAGCCGGGCGCUGGAGGCAAAACCGACCCAUCGCAGAAACCCCCGUACUCGUACGUGGCCCUCAUCGCCAUGGCCAUCCGCGAGAGCUCGGAGAAGCGCCUAACGCUGAGCGGUAUCUACCAGUACAUCAUCAACAAGUUCCCCUUCUACGAGAAGAACAAAAAGGGCUGGCAGAACAGCAUCCGCCACAACCUGAGCCUCAACGAGUGCUUCAUCAAGGUGCCGCGGGAGGGCGGCGGGGAGCGCAAGGGCAACUACUGGACCCUGGACCCGGCCUGCGAGGACAUGUUCGAGAAAGGGAACUACCGGCGAAGACGGCGGAUGAAACGGCCUUUCAGGCCGCCCACGGCCGCGCACUUCCAACCGGGCAAGGCCCUCUUCGGCACUGACGGUUACGGCUACCUGACCGCGCCCAAGUACAUCCAAACCGGCUUCAUGAACGGCACCUGGUCCCUUGCGCAACCGCAGCCUCCUCCGCCGCCGCCGCACGUGUCUUACGCGCCGUGCCAGAUGGGCAACGGAGGAACCGGAGGAGCUGGAGGAGGCGGAGGUGGAGGAGGAGACGGUGGAGGAGGUGGAGGCGCGGGCGUAGGCACUCUAUCCGUCAAAGGCCUCACGGCUCCGGCCUAUCCGUACUCGCGCAUGCAGGCCGUGGGGCUGCCCAACGUCAUGAACUCGUACAAUGGCAUGAGCCACCACCACCAUCACCAUCCUCACCACCACCCGCACCAUCACUCUCACCAUCCUCAGCACCAGCCGGCCGAGCUCUACUCGUACUGGGAGCACGAGGCCAAGCACUCGGCGCUGCACGCGCGGAUUGACAUUUGAGGGUGGGAAAGAAAUAAAUAAAAAGAGAGAGGGAAAGAGAAAUAGAGAGAAACACGAAAAGAAAAAAAAACAAAGAGAACGAGUGAGACAGAGGGAAAGAAGAGAAAGAGACAAAUGGAAGUGAUAAUGGUGUUUCUCUUAAGACAUUGUUUGAAGGGUCACUUUUACAUUUCUUCAGCCCCAAAAAAUGGGCACAAAAAAAGAGCGCGAGCAGAAGGACAUUUGUAUGGAAAUUCUGACCUUGCAUUUUUGGAGUUUAUGGGCCAAAAAAAGUGUUUGGACUUCUGUCGAAUCAACUUCGACUUUGAGUUGAGUGAUUGUUAUUAUUAAUUUUAUAACUUUUUUUUUACGAUUCCUGUGAACCCUUAAAUUAGUGCCGGCAGAUUUGCCCCAGUGUAGAUUAGCAUUUUAGCAUUCUGACACAGUAGCUCUGUAGAUACGAUCUUUGUUAUACAAAAACAAUGGUAAAUCACCAGACCUCUUUUAGAUGAUUGUUUUCUGUUUUGAUACUUUAUUGAAAUUGUUGGGACCAUGUUAAACCAGCACUUAUUUUAAAUAAAAGACAUUGAUUACA